AUGAAGGGAUUGGCGACAUUUGCGGCGUCCGCUGGGUUAUUAUGGGCGUGCUCAGAAGGACUUACACUGAGCCAGAGGACGAACGCAUCCCCAAAAGUAGUUGGAUUUCCAGUUGUAAGAAAGUCUGUACCAAAUCCACUUAAGAGGGACCAAUUACGGAGAAGAUCUGGAACUGUACAAGCGACUUUGGACAAUGAGGAAACUUUAUACUUUGCGAAUGCAACACUAGGAACGCCUGCCCAAACAGUACGGUUACAUAUCGAUACAGGAAGCAGUGACCUCUGGGUCAAUACAGCAACUUCUGAUUUAUGUACCGCUAAAGGCAAGGCAUGUACAGCGGCCGGCACAUAUUCCGCAAACGAUUCAUCGACUUAUUCAUAUAUUGCGAGCGACUUCAACAUAACGUAUGUUGAUGGAUCAGGAGCUUCUGGAGAUUAUGUGACGGACAAUUUCACACUCGGCUCAACAACUUUGAAGACAUUGCAAUUUGGGAUUGGAUACACAAGCUCGUCAGCGGAAGGGAUUUUGGGCAUUGGGUAUCAGCUCAAUGAGGUGCAAGUUCAAAGAGCAGGAAAGUCAGCAUACCUCAACUUACCAGCCCAGCUGGUGUCUGACGGACUCAUUUCAUCCAAUGCCUACAGCUUGUGGCUUAAUGACCUUGAUGCUAGCACUGGCAGCAUUUUAUUUGGUGGAGUGGACACCGACCAGUUUCAGGGCACACUAGCAACCCUCCCCAUUCAGUCUGAAUCGGGUGGACAAUACGGCGAGUUUCUACUCACACUCACCGGGCUAUCGUUGGGGGACACAGUCAUUGCCAAGGACCAGGCACAAGCCGUGCUGAUGGAUUCGGGAAGUUCUCUCACCUACCUCCCGGACGCCAUGGCGGAGGCAAUCUACGACCAGGUUAGCGCCCAAUACGAUUCGCAAGAGGGUGCUGCCUAUAUCCCAUGCUCCAUGGCUUCCAACUCAACGACAGUAGGCUUCACGUUCUCCAGUCCAACCAUCCAAGUAUCUAUGGAUGAGCUUGUUAUCGAAAUCAGUUCGUCCAGUGGAAAACCCUUGACUUUUUCGGAUGGAGAGCGUGCUUGCCUUUUCGGCAUUGCCCCCGCUGGAUCCAGUACUCCAGUCCUUGGAGACACAUUCAUCCGAUCUGCAUACCUGGUAUAUGACCUUGCCAAUAACGAGAUUUCGAUCGCGCAAACGAAUUUCAACGCCACGAGCAACAAUGUGGUGGAGAUCACUACUGGCACCGCCGCCGUACCUUCAGCGACCGUGGUGCAGAAUCCCGUGACUGCAACUGCUGGGGCCACCAACGAGGCAAUGGCUGGUACUGUAACACUGGGAGCAGGAGGAACAGCGACGGCGACUUCUAAGGCCAAGUCAGGAGCAAAGAUCACAAUGCCCCCGAUGAAGCUAACCGCGCUAGCCGUAAGUUUGGGGAUGCUUUAUGCGGCGAUGUAA